UCAAUCAGAAGGGAAGGAUUUUGUACCGCAGAAGAAAGCUGCCGAUAAUAUCGCGCCAUCACCGCUGGCCCCACUAGUGCGCAUGCACUCGAUCCCCUGGUCCAGGCGAUCCUCCCGAGAAGCUCUACGCAUGCGCCAGCUCGAGGGUCACGGUAAGGGGAGACGCGGGCGCCAUCCACCCGGAGUGCGCUUGCGAGCUAUCUGGACAUCCUGUCCUUUCCCCAACCCUCCUCACAGUGGAGGGGAGCUGAGAGCUUCGACAGCAGCUGUAGAGGAGCAUCAGGAGUGGCCCAUGGACCUGCCGGAGGGCCAGGCUGGUGGUCCGACUGCACAGAUGUACCUCUGGGAGCAGCCUGAGGAAGCGAGUUCAGGGCCACUGCUCAGCCUAGAGGAACAAAUCCUUAACUCCACAUUUGAAGCCUGUGACCCUCACAAGACAGGCACUGUGACUGUGGCCCACCUCCUGGACUACCUGGAGGCUGUGACAGGACAGGGACCUCAGGAUGUGCGCCUCCAAACACUGGCCCGGAGCUUGGACCCUUAUGGAGAGGGUGCUGGAGCCACUGUGGAACUGGACACUUUUCUGGUGGUCAUGCGGGACUGGAUUGCUGCCUGUCAGUUGCAGGGGGGAUUAGAGCUGGCAGAGGAGACCGCCUACGAGGGAGCCCUGGCUUCUCCACCCCUGCCAUCUGUGUGCCCAGAAGCUGAGGAGCCGGCCAACUUAGAGAGCUUUGGAGGAGAAGACCCCAGACCCGAGGGGCCUGCCACAGCUGAGCUGCUGAGCAGCCUGGAGGACCUGGAGCUAAGCAACCGGCGCCUUGCUGGCGAGAACGCCAAGCUCCAGCGCAGUGUGGAGACUGCGGAGGAGGGCUCCGCGCGCCUAGGGGAGGAGAUCACAGCCCUGCGCAAGCAGCUGCGGAGUACCCAGCAGGCCCUGCAGGUGGCCAAGGCUUUGGAUGAGGAGCUAGAGGACCUGAAGACUCUGGCCAAGAGCCUAGAGGAACAGAAUCGUAGUCUGAUGGCCCAGGCCCGGCACACAGAGAAGGAGCAGCAGCACCUGGCGGCUGAGGUAGAGACGCUUCAGGAGGAGAAUGGGAAGCUGCUAGCCGAGAGAGAUGGAGUGAGGAGGCGGAGUGAGGAGUUGGCCACAGAGAAAGAUGCUUUGAAGCGGCAGCUCUGUGAGUGUGAACGGCUCAUUUGCCAGCGUGAAGCAGUCCUCUCAGAGCGUACCCGCCAUGCAGAGAGUCUGGCCCAGACCUUGGAGGAGUACAGAACUACCACCCAGGAACUAAGGCAAGAGAUCUCACACCUGGAGGAGCAGCUGAGUCAGAGCCAGGAAGGCCCAGAAGAGCUGCUGGAAGGGGCUGAGGCAGGAAGAGGAGGCUGGCUCACGGCCCUGCCCCCAUCACUAGACUUGGAGAUCCGAGCUAUCCGGCAGGAGCAGGAUGUAGCCAGUGCUGGCCUCUCUGGUCCUCUGUAUGGAGUGUGGCAGUGGGAAGAGGUGGAGGUGGAGCCUGAGCCACAGGAGGAGGCUGAGUUUCCCCCUGAGGACCCUGCUAGGCAACAGACAGGCUUGCAGAGAGAGCCAGUGCGCGCUCCAGAAGGAAGCAGAACCCCAUGUUUGAGGUUGUCCAGAAGACAGGAAGAGGAGGAAGAAGAAGAGGAGAGCUGGGUCCUGGCUGACCCCUCCAGCCCUCUGGGAACCCCUCACCAUAAACUCUCCCCAGGAAGCUCUCCUGAAAGUUGCCACGUUGUGCCAGAGAUGCACCAAGCCCUCAUGCCUGUGGUGAGAGAUCUGGUGCCAGUUGAGCGGUCACGGUCCCAGCACUGUCUGUGUCCCCAGCACUCCCCAGGGAUCAGAAUCAGCCAGCACCCACUGGUCCCCACACCCGUCUUGGGCCUGCUGCUGCUGCUGUUGCUCUCCAUCCUGCUGUUCAGCCAGUCCCCGCCACCCACCUGGCCGCACCUGCAGCUCUACUACCUACAGCCGCCACCAGUGUGA